AUGUCAGAACAGGUUCUAUCUAUCAAUGGGCGGACACUGGCCUACCGCAUCUUCGGCGACCCCGACGGUAGUCUGCCGCUGAUAUGGUUCCACGGCACCCCGGCCGGCUGCACGCCUCCACCGUCGCUCGUCGCCGCUGCCAAGACAUCCGGGGUCCGCAUCAUCGCGCCCGAGCGUCCGGGGUACGGCGACUCCGCGCGGCGGCCCGGCAGGAAGAUCAUCGAUAUGGUUGGCGAUGUAGAGGCCUUGAAGACUCAUUUGGGCGUGGACAAGUGCCUGAUCGCAGGCUGGAGCGGUGGCGGACCUCAUGCUCUGGCCUGUGGCGCACGAUUGCCUGGGGUACUCGCGGUACUGACCAUUGCCGGCGUGGGCCCAGCCGACGCAAAAGAUCUCGAUUUUUUGGCCGGCCAAGGCGAAGACAACGUCGUAGAAUUCCACGCCGCCAUGAAGGGCGAAGACGCACUACGGGAGUUCUGCACCGCGCAGCGAAAGGACAUUGUGUCCGGCAGCGUCGCCCGCGCCGUCGCCGCCCUGUCCUCCAUCCUCAGCGGGGUGGAUCUCGAGGCGAGCAAGGGCGACCUGGGCGUCUACCUCGUCGAGCUGCUGCGCGAGGGCCUGCGCAACGGCAUCGAGGGCUGGGUCGACGACGACCUCGAGUUCGUCCUGCCGUGGGGCUUUGAGCUGAGCGAGAUCAAGGUGCCUGUGCUGCUGUACCAGGGCAGCGACGACAAGAUGGUGCCGUAUGCGCACGGCAAGUGGCUCGCGGACCAUCUGCCAAAGGAGCACCUGAGGGCGCAUCUGAUCGAGGGCGAGGGCCAUGUCAGCCUGGUGGCCAAGGGAGAGGCGUUGUUAUCGGAGCUGAUUGAGGCUGCGAAGGCGGCGUCCGGGUAG